UCUGAUCAAGGGUUAUCUUCUGGAGACAAUGAUAAAAACUCAUCCUUGUCGUCACUAUCUGGGAGUUAUCAAGGUCCAGCAAGUAGGAACAGUCGCAGCUUAAGUAAACGUGUAGCUGGGGAUCAUACCAAGAGAAAAAAGCAGCACAAAUCUGAUUUAGCAUCCAAGGACAUAAAUGGUCGUGGAAAAACUCCACUCAAAUCAAGUGAAUCUUUGAAAAAGAAACGUCAAAGAGUGUCACUUAGGGAAGAUGGUAGGACAUGUGCAUCAUCAAGUUACAGGGAGAAUGCAAGGCAACAAGAAACUCUAAAUCAAGGGGUGGAUCAGGACACUUGUACUCAAGAUAUUUCUUGGACUACUAAGGUAUAUAAUUGGCUUUACUCUCUGCUAACAUGGAUAUCUUCAUCAAUACUUUCUUGGCUAUCUCUUGGGAAGAAUUCAAACGAAAGAGUUGGUGAUUCUAACAUCACCGAAGGUGGACCAACCGAGCCUUAUCAUAUAACUGUGACUGCACAUAGAGAAGCUUUAUGCGGGAAAUCAGUAACCUUGCAGUGUGAAACUAGAGGGAAUAUUCGAGAAGCUCGAGCAAAAUGGGGAAAGGAAGAAAAAGAUGUUGGUGGUUCUCCUGGUACCAGCUCAGAAGGACUUGACCUGGAAUUAAAGAAAAAUGGUGUGAGAGCCACAGUUACAGGAAAAAUACAGCAAUGUAACAUCAGUGAAAAACUAGAACUUGAAGUGUGUAAAAAUGAAGCGAGGGCCUGGACAACUAUGGCAGAUACAGAACAAGAUCACUGCAAUGUAAAUAAUCAGCAAGAUUCAGAUUCAGAGCAAGAGGAAACAAGUGAAAGCAGUGAAGAGCCUCAAGAAGAAUCACUGCAAGGAGAAGAUAUACAGCCACCAGGGAAGACAGGGGAACAGAGAAAGAAGCAGCCUCCGGGGGAUCUGCUAGAAAGAGCAACCAGCGGAGGAGCCACUGGAAGGACUCAAUCAGCAGAGGAAAGAGGUGAAGUCAAUGGAGAGCGACAGCCUCAAGAGGAAUCACCACAAGAGGAAGACAAACAGCCACUGGGGGAAACAGGGGAAGGAGGAAAGCAGCAGCAUCUAGGGGAUCUGCUAGAAGGAGCAACCAGCAGGGGAACCACUGGGAGGACUCAAUCAGAGCAAAGAGGUGAAAGCAGUAGUGAGCAACUGCAAUCAGUAGAAGGGGGAAAAGAACAGCCACCAGGGAAAACAGGGGAAGGAGGGCAACCAGCAGUAGGGGGAGUAGAACAGCCACCAGGAGAAACAGCAGAAGGAGGAGAAGAACAGCCUCCAGGGGAUGUGUUAGAUGUAGCAGCCAGUAGGGGAACCGCUGGGAGGAAAUUAGCAGAGGAAAGAGGUGAAGUCAAUGGAGAGCGACAGCCUCAAGAGGAAUCACCACAAGAGGAAGACAAACAGCCACUGGGGGAAACAGGGGAAGGAGGAAAGCAGCAGCAUCUAGGGGAUCUGCUAGAAGGAGCAACCAGCAGGGGAACCACUGGGAGGACUCAAUCAGCUUUACAUUUGGUGAAAUCAAGAGAGGUUUACUCACAGGAAAAAAUCAUGGAUCAGGACAACUAUAAGCCCAAGAUAGUGGCAGGUAGACUAAAGACCCUGCCUAACUAUAGUGCACCUUUACCAGAAAGCCUGAGAACCACAUGUGUGGGAGAGUACUUGGAAAACUGUGGCAAUUAUUCAGGUUAUAUGCAAGACUCAUCCUCUAGCAGUGGCGGAGCCGAUUCCUCCUCAGUUAAAGAGCUAGAGCCAAGAAGAAGGAAAAAAAUACAGAAAAGAAUACAGAAAAGAAACGCAAGACAUUCAAAAGCACCAAGUUCAGCAGCACUGUCAUGUGAUGUUGUGCAAAGUGCCUGUUCUCAGCAACAAGUUAAAGUCACCCCAGACAAUUACCCCAGCAAUAUCACAGUGCAUGCUGAAAAUGUUGUGAUUGGUGAUUCAACAGAGUUAAAUAUCCUCAGGCAAAGACCCCCAGGAAAUUUGUCUCUGAAUCUAUCAGGCAUUGGCAGAUUUGACAUAACCAUUGACCCACCAGAGAUAUCUUUGAAGCUUUCAGACUUGAAAAUGUAAUAUUAGAAGAACUUUCUCUGUAUGCUGAUUUAGUUUUUU